CACAAACCAUAUAAAGCCGUCCAUCAACAUAUAUUCGAUCUCGAUCAUCACACUAAUUAAGCCAUAAUACCAACAAUAAUUAAUCCAAUGGAUUAUUACUACACAAUUUUGUUGAUUGUACUUCCUUUUCUUUGGGUUUUAUUGUAUGUUUUCAACCUCAAUUCAACUCUCACCACAAAUAAAAAUGCAAGGAUUCCUCCAGGGCCUAAACCUGUACCAAUCUUAGGGAAUUUGCCACAUCUUGGAGAUUUACCUCAUCAUACGUUGGCUAAUCUAGCCAAAACUUAUGGCCCCUUAAUCUCUCUUAAAUUCGGAACUAUCACAACUAUUGUUGUAUCCUCUGCGGAAGUAGCCAAAGAAAUGUUCCAAAAACAUGACCUUGCACUCUCCAAUAGGCAAGUUUCUGCCGCGGUACGUGCAAAUGGGCAUGAUAAAUACUCCGUAGCAUGGCUACCCAUGUGUCCAAAAUGGCGAAUGUUAAGGAAAAUCUCAGCCAUUCAUUUAUUUUCUAGUCAAAGGCUUGACGCGAGUCAAGCCCUUAGACAAGAAAAAGUGUCUAAACUUAUGGAGUAUGUAAAGGAGUGUAGUAAGACAGGGGAAGCAAUUGAUGUUGGAGGAGUAGCAUUUACAACUUCGUUAAAUUUGUUGUCAAACACAUUCUUUUCGUUCGAUUUGGCUAGCUAUAAUUCUAGUGAUUCCGGAGAGUUUAAGGAGCUUGUUUGGAGGAUUAUGGUGGAGAUUGGAAAACCUAAUUUGGUAGAUUGUUUUCCUAUAUUAAGGUUUUUACGUGUGUUUAGUGUGAAUUAUAAGUUGAUGGUUUAUGGGAAUAAAUUAAAUAAGCUUUUUGAGGAUAUUAUACAAAAACGGUUGAGAAAUUCUGCCGUCAGUGGAAGUGGUGGUGAUGUAUUGGACACCCUUCUUAGACUAAUGAAAGAGAAUGAGUCUGAGUUAAGUCUUGAUGAUAUUAAUCAUCUUCUCAUGGAUUUUUUUACAGCAGGAACAGAUACUACCUCUAGCACAUUGGAGUGGGCAAUGACAGAAUUAUUGCGCAACCCUAGAAAAAUGGCCAAGGCUCAAGAUGAACUUAAACAAGUGCUAGGUGGGAAUAAGGUAGUUGAAGAGUCUGAUAUCUCAAAGCUUCCUUAUCUACAAGCAAUAGUGAAAGAGACAUUAAGGAUGCAUCCGCCAACUGUGUUUUUGCUACCACGUAAAGCAAGCAAUGAUGUUGAAUUAGAUGGUUACAUUGUGCCUAAAAAUGCACAAGUAUUCGUUAACCUUUUGGCUAUUUCACGAGAUCCCAACCAUUGGAAAAAUCCAGAUAUGUUUUUGCCGGAGAGAUUUUUGGAGCGCGAAAUUGAUCUAAAAGGACAAGAUUUUGGACUUAUACCUUUUGGAACAGGAAGAAGGGCAUGUCCUGGUGAUACAUUGGCACUUCGAAUGUUGAAUCUUAUGUUGGGGAGUCUACUUCAAGGUUUUGAUUGGAAAAUUGGAGAUGGUUUAAAGCCAGAAGAUUUGGAUAUGAAUGAUAAGUUUGGGAUUACCAUACAAAAAGCUAUUCCUCUCCGUGUUAUUCCAAUCUCAAAAUAAUAAUGGUGAAGUAACUAAAUAAUAAGUUCAUUGUUUUAAACAAGGAUAGUUGGUUUAUUUUCUACUUGAUUGUAUCUGGAUUUCAUCAUAGGACUUGUGUUUCAAUUUACAAAUAUGACUUUCAA